AUGUCCUCGACGGAGAACCCCGGCCGCACCUCGGACAAGUCUCCGCGCCCCCAGGUGGACCGUCUGCUCCUGGGGCUGCGCUGGCAGCGCCUGGAGGAGCCGCUGGGCUUCAUCAAAGUUCUCCAGUGGCUCUUUGCUAUUUUCGCCUUCGGGUCCUGCGGCUCCUACAGCGGGGAGACCGGAGCCUUGGUUCGCUGCAACAACGAAGCCAAGGACGUGAGCUCCAUCAUUGUUUUGUUCGGCUAUCCCUUCAGGUUGUACCAGGUCCAGUAUGAGAUGCCUGCCUGUGAUGAGGACUCCACCUCCAAAACCAUGAACCUCAUGGGUGACUUCUCUGCCCCCGCUGAGUUCUUUGUGACCCUUGGCAUCUUUUCCUUUUUCUAUACAAUGGCUGCCCUGGUCAUCUACCUGCGCUUCCACAAACUCUACACGGAGAACAAACGCUUCCCAUUGGUGGAUUUCUGUGUGACUGUCUCAUUCACCUUCUUUUGGCUGGUUGCUGCUGCUGCCUGGGGCAAGGGCUUGACUGAUGUCAAAGGGGCCACACGACCAUCCAGCCUGACCGCAGCCAUGACUGUGUGCCACGAAGAGGAGGCAGUGUGCAGUGCCGGGGCCACACCCUCUAUGGGGCUGGCUAACAUCUCUGUGCUCUUUGGCUUUAUCAACUUCUUCCUGUGGGCUGGAAACUGUUGGUUUGUGUUCAAAGAGACCCCGUGGCACGGACAAGGCCAGGACCAGGGCCAGGGCCCCAGCCAGGAGAGUGCAGCAGAACAGGGAGCAGUGGAGAAGCAGUAA